AUGAUCCCACAAUCGGAAUACGUCAAACUGAUGAGUCGAAAAAAGAUAAUGCCACCAGAAAACACGAGGACUAGUUGCCCAACCCUAGACAAGGGAAUUCGAGAAGCAGAGGUCGGGUUCGAACCACGGACUUUCAGUGCGAAAGUGCUGAUGACAUUGUUCAAAGUGCUAAAAGAUAUGCUCGAAGAUUACGUGGGUCCACAGGCUCUGCUGAAUGUACUCAAAUUUCCCAGUUUACAUACCAUGAUCAUGCAUUUGAAGUGGACCGCUCCGGUGAGAAAACUCCAUCUCGGUGUCGAAAACGUGCUGCGCCCAAUAGCAAACAACGUCGGCAGUGGACGUGAAACAAGACGCCGUGAAGACUGGAAUGCAACGUCCUGA